AAAAACUCUAAAAGAACACACGUUUACCGUAGUAGUCCGUCAAAAAUCAAGAAAGCUUCAAACGUGUUUGAAGCUUUCGGUUUCGCAUUAAUGGAACUAUGAACCUGGACCCUUUAACGUUUAGCUUAUCGCAAAUCAAUUAUCUCGUUGUAAAUUUAAGUAAGAAGAACUUCAAGCAGACAAGUCAAGAGUUAUCCCAGAUUGUCAAUAUCUAUGGAUUGGAAGCAGAAAAUCAACUCUUGAGGUGCCUGCUCACCGAAGCUGCUAAGGCAUCGUGGGAUUCUGACCGUUCUGGAUCCUCAUUGAACAAUAAUCUCCACGCAUCACUCCUCGCCCAACACUUGGCAUCUUUGCUGAACCACCCGGCAAAGUCUACGGUGGUUUGCCGAGCAGUUGAUAAUCCGACUCGUACGCUUCAAAAGAUAUUAAAGCCUACCAAUACAUUACUCAAUCGCCUUUCAAGAUUAUUGAGACUAACUACCGCCGAGGAUGUUGCCUUCUCUCUGGUUUUGAGGAGGAAUUCUUCUAAAACUGAAAUUGUAUCAUUAACUAAGCAACAUCUGAAAAAGAGGUUCCUGGAUCUUGUUCAGUGCUAUCUAGACGCAGAACGAGGACAUCAAGUGGAACGUGCAGGUCUUCAGGAAUGCAGCCCUGAAGUUUUGCAAACUCUACUGACGAGUCUAGCGCACGAAAAUUUUCGGCUUGCCGCUGUGACUAAAGAUUUAUUUCUUAAGCGUUUGCGUGUCGACUUCCCUCGUGAGGUCGUACCUAUUGUGCUUGCACCUUUAUUGUAUCCCGACGAUACGCAGACGCCACUCAAGGAAAUGACUACUGCGGACGACAUGACAGCCGCCAUGAUGGACAACUCUUUAGCUGAUAUCAUCCGAGAUAUCGGAUAUUCCUUUACAUCAUCAGUUGAAGAGUGCAAAAACAACAUGCUGAAUUUUGGUGCGCGGGAACCAGCGGCGAUAGACGUGGCCAGGAUCAUUUCCAUGAUGAUUAGAUAUCACGCUACCCUGCAAGACGGCCCGCCACUACAAACGCCUGGCAACUUCUGGAUGAGUCACGAAGCUAAGAAGGACCCCUUGACUCUCGGACAUGGGGAAUCUUGGAAUGCUGAAGUUUUUGUACAGACGCUGAAAGAAUUAGCUUCAAAUCUGAAUUGGAAGGAGGUCAUUCUACAACUUGACCAUCCCGAAUUUAUAGUUCCUGACAGACAAGGCCUCAGCUUAUUGUUUACCAUAUUACGACUUGGUCUGCAAAGUGCAGGCUAUCCAUCUAAUAUUUUCCCAGUGGAAUAUUUAUGCCGGCGAUGGACAAACCUUGAGGGACAAAUGAGCCUGAUCAGCAACAUUCUGAAACAUCCCGACAUCUUUAGUUUUGCCGAUCAUCCGUUCCACCCUGUAUCUAUCGAUUUGCUUAAAUCACCACCUGAAACGGACAAUAAAGAAAUAGCGACAUGGCGCUGUCUUUAUUUGGUCGAACUUCUGCUCUAUGCAGCUGAGCGAGGUUACUACAUGCAGGUACAUGAAUUGUUCAAGUUUCCUCUGCAGCAUUGUCCUGACGUCUUGUUGCUUGCUCUACUACAAAUUAAUCCACCUAUCACAAUAUUCAGACAAGAGUUAUUGACAACGCUGAUCCCAAUAUUCUUGGGCAACCACCCCAACUCAGGAAUCAUACUGCAUCACGCCUGGCACACACAGAAUCCCAAUAUAAAACCCAUCAUAAUGCACGCCAUGGCCGAUUGGUACAUACGCGGCGAAUGCGAUCAGUCGAAACUUUCAAGAAUAUUAGAUGUUGCUCAAGAUUUGAAGGCCUUAUCUCUACUUUUAAAUGUCCAGUCUUUCCCGUUCGUCAUCGAUUUAGCAUGUCUGGCAUCUCGAAGAGAGUAUCUUAAGCUGGACAAGUGGCUAACAGACAAAAUUAGAGAUCAUGGAGAGACUUUCGUUUCGGCUAUGGUGAAAUUUCUUCAGAGAAGAUGUCCAGUCCUGGGGAAAGGCCCCGAAGAACAACUGCCUAAAGCCGCACAAUUACCACACGAAACCAUUACAACCAUGCUCACAUGCUUGCAGCUGUGUAUUCCUAACGUUCAUCAAGAACAACAGGAAGCUAUUUACAAUGUAAUCACCAAUUGUCAAACUCUCAUAUUGAGCAAGACUAGGACAAUACCGGGCAUGGCCCGAUCUCAUACGAGGGUAUUGGAGACUCCCUUCAAUCCCACUGGUUUAGGUGGACAGUUAUUUACUCCUCAUGUGGAUUCACUUACUACUUUGACACCAAAUGUGGCUAAUAUGAAUUUAGGAGCUCCAGGAAACACAACCUUUGCUAUGCCCGGCUCUCUAGGACCUCUAGUAACGACUCCAGGUUCGCCUUCCAGACUGAUGGGAGCUGGACCUAAUAGUCCGUUUGCUAUGAUGCCGCUGCAGCAUAACACCAACGUUGCUAACAUGACCGCUCUCGGAAGAAUGGCACCGGCUCCGGUGCUGGACAAACCACGUAUACCGGACCCCAUCCAUUUUCCUGAAAUAAUGCAUAAUGUCUCCAAGGAAAUUGAGGAUGAAGCAAACGGAUAUUUUCAAAGGAUAUACAACCAUCCGCCACACCCUACUUUGUCUAUCGACGAAGUUCUGGAUAUGCUGAAGAAAUUUCAGGAUUCUCCUAAUAAACGUGAAAGAGAAGUAUUCUCCUGCAUGCUGCGUAACUUGUUUGAAGAAUACAAGUUCUUUCCGCAGUAUCCGGACAAAGAAUUACAUAUAACAGCUCAGCUCUUUGGCGGAAUAAUAGAGAAAGGCCUAGUUCCUAGUUACGUAUCGCUAGGCUUGGCUUUACGUUUCGUGCUUGAUGCAUUGCGAAAACCAGAAGGCUCUAAAAUGUACUACUUCGGAAUAGCUGCUCUGGACCGAUUCAAAUCGCGUCUGAAGGAUUACCACAAAUAUUGCGAGCACGUUCGGGCUAUCCCACAUUUUAGUGAGUUCCCUCCACACUUGAUAGAAUACGUUGAAUACGGGCUACAGAGCCAAGAACCGCCCACCAAACCACAAGGGGCAGUUUUGCCUACAAGUCUGGCAGCUAUACUGAACCAAAGCUCAGUUGUAACAGUCUCAACACCAUACAGGACCGUAAUCUGUGCACCACCAUCGUCUAUAUCAGUUAUAUCCAAAGUUACAAACGCUGGCGGCAUAAGUAGCCGGCCGUCGAUCGCCAACGCGACCAAUAUUGACACGCUGCUCACUGCCACGGACCGAGAAGAUAAGAUCAAUUCCCCACCGGAGGCCAUUCAGGACAAGACAGCAUUCAUUUUCAAUAACCUCAGUCAGUUAAAUCUACAAACGAAAUGUGAAGAACUCAAAGAAAUUAUUACAGAAGAAUACUAUCCAUGGCUUUCACAGUACCUCGUCAUGAAGAGAGCAUCCAUUGAAUUGAAUUUCCACGCCCUGUAUUCGAAUUUCCUUGACGUGCUCAAAAUUCGUGAAGUAAACAAAAUGGUCACAAAAGAAACCUACCGGAACAUUAAAGUGCUCCUCCGCUCUGACAAAGGAAUUGCAAACUUUUCUGACCGUUCUUUACUAAAGAACCUCGGACACUGGCUCGGCAUGUUAACAUUAGCGCGAAACCAACCUAUCCUUCAUGUAGAUAUUGACCUAAAAGCCCUAGUGCUUGAGGCUUACCACAAAGGUCAACAGGAGCUUCUCUACGUGGUCCCAUUCGUGGCUAAAGUGCUAGAGUCUUGUGCGAAGAGCGUCGUCUUCAAACCGCCAAACCCUUGGAUGAUGGCGUUGAUGAACGUCCUGGCAGAGUUGCAUCAAGAACCCGAUUUGAAGCUGAAUUUGAAGUUUGAAAUUGAAGUGUUGUGUAAAAACCUUAACUUGUCAAUUACGGACCUUAAGCCUUCUCUCUAUUUGAAAGAUCCAGAAAAGGUGAGGCUCAUCGAGUUCCAGCUUUCGCAGCCCAAACCAAAUAAAGAAGCUGCAAACACACCAAUGCCACAGGUCAAUCAAACCAUUGUCCAGGCACCGCCAAUACAGAUGCUAGUUCCUCCUCCGCCUAUGAUCCCGACUGAAGAGAUCGUCGCCGCCGUUGCUACUCCUACCAGCGGCCUUGCAACUAAUGACCCAACACUGAUGGGCUUUCUUGGACUGCCCGAGCCCAGGUUCAACUAUUUAGACGUGAAUGUUUCCUCAACAUCUGCAUUUGGACAGAAGAUAUGUUUCAAUCCCCAUAUUAUCCUGUUCCAAAAUUAUCCUCAUCUCAAGCAAUUCGUGAAGCCUGCGAUCGAAAGAUCGAUUCAGGAAUGGAUACAUCCAGUGGUCGACAGAUCGAUCAAGUACGCUCUUACCACUUGCGAGCAAAUUAUCCGAAAAGAUUUUGCAUUUGACCCUGACGAAGUCAGAUUGCGUACUUGCGCCCACCACAUGAUGAGAAACCUGACCGCGGGCAUGGCCAUGAUCACGUGUCGCGAACAAAUCAUCAGCACUAUCAGCACCAACUUGAAGACGGCAUUCGUGACUGCGCUCAUGCCUUCCACACCUCAGAAGGAGAUCAUUGAGAGUGCAGCAGCUGUUCUCGCCACAGAAAACAUGGAGCUGGCUUGCGCUUUCAUACAGAAGACCGCUGUCGAGAAGGCACUGCCUGAACUAGACAAACGACUAAUGAAUGAUUACGAAGUGAGAAAACUCGCCCGACAAGAGGGCAGGCGCUACUACGACCCCAUCGUCCUCACUUACCAGACCGAGCGCAUUCCAGAAAGAGUGCGCCUACGCGUCGGCGGACCUACCGAUCAACAGAUCGCCGUAUACGAAGAGUUUGCAUGCAACAUUCCCGGUUUCAUGCCAAUUCGCGAUCCUGGAAUGUUUAUGCCCAAGCAAUCGGUGCAAGAACAAAUCCCGCAACUGACUUUCAGCCAAGUUAUGAAUCCCGCUCAGGUUUACGGCGCUGACGAAAUGACCUCCCUGAUAAAUGCUGCUGAGUUGUUCCUCACGAAUUCGCUCGGCGUGGCAUCGCUUACCGUUCAAGCUACAAACAUGCACGCCCUCCUUGAGUGCCUUGUCAUAGCAAGGAGGAACCGUGACAUUGUUUCCGGAUAUACUCUACUACAGAAGGCCGUGGAAGGUCUUCUCGAUGGCCAUAUCGUCCAGCCGGGCACGUCCAGCGAUCAUGUAGAGAUGAUGAACAGAUACCGUGAUAUUCACAUUAGAGUUCUCAAGCUCCUUGAAGACGCGAGAGUAUACGGACACGUCUGGACUACCAAGCAGAUCACUUGCUAUCUUACCGAGUGCAGGGAGGAACUGAGAUAUAACGCAGAGGCUACAGAUUGUCUCAUUAGGAAUCACUUGAUCAACUUGCCUCAGUACGACAUCGCUCUUGCUCACAUGAUGGACAAUGGGAAUAACUACAUGGCGGUAGCUUUCGCUAUGCAACUCGUGCAGUUGUAUUUGGUAGACGACAGGAACAAUAUGUACGCGAAUGAGUCUGAUCUUUACCACACCACUGAGACGCUUUUGCGCAUCAUGUCGCAUUCCCGGCAGCCGCCGCCAGAAGGUCUCGGGUCCUUGAUUGAAAUGUUACGCAUCAACCAGGAUCCUAGCGCUUACCUUGGCGAGAGGUCGCCGCUAGGGCCGACUGCGCACAUCCAUUCCGGAAUCUUACAAGUGCGGGCUCGUGAUUACGACGACCCACCUGGCCUGCAAGACAAAACCGAGAACCUCCUUCGGGAAUGGCGAAACGUGCUCUUGAGCCCGCUAACUGAAAUCGAGAUUGCGCAAAAUUUUAAUAUCUACGUUCAUCGCAUGAACAUGAAUGGAAUUUUGAAAUCUGACGAUAUGAUCACGAGGUUUUUCCGCAUCGCCACCCAAAUGUGCAUCGAGAACGUGUACCAGCAGCUGAAUGAGGAACGCAUGAAUCCCCCUCAAAGCCCGCCCAAGAGGGAUAAGUACUACGCCAUGUGCGAUUCCUUUAUCAAGCUCGUGUCACUGCUAAUCAAGAACACUGCUGAUAGUGGCAACCCUACGCCGAAGCUCAAUCUCUUGAACAAGAUCCUGGGGAUCAUCGCUGGCUGUUUGCUUCAAGACCAUGAGGAACAUGGCACCAACUUCCAACAGCUGCCGUACCACCGGCUCCUGCUUAUUCUGUUCCUCGACAUGAACAUGGCGGAACCUGUUUUAGAAUCUAUGAACUACCAGGUUCUGACAGCGUUCUGCCAUACCUACCGCAUCAUCCGGCCGAAUAUCGCUCCUGGAUUCUGCUAUGCGUGGCUCGAGCUGGUUGCUCAUCGCACCUUCAUUAACCGAGUGCUGGCCGUCACGCCACAGCAAAAGGGCUGGGGAAUGUAUUCCACACUCUUGGUCGACCUUUUCAAGUUCCUCGAUCCGUUCCUUCGCAACACUGAGCUCGCGUCUCCAGUCAUGAUGUUGUACAAGGGCACCCUAAAAGUGCUCUUAGUACUCCUCCAUGACUUCCCGGAGUUCCUGUGCGACUAUCACUACGGAUUCUGCGAUGAGAUACCGCCUAAUUGUAUACAAAUGCGGAACCUCAUCUUGUCGGCCUUCCCCCGCAACAUGCGCCUGCCAGAUCCAUUCACGCCAAACUUGAAGGUAGACUUGCUGACGGAAAUAGCGUUACCACCACGCGCUGUUAUCAACUAUGCCACCUUGAUACCGGUGUCUCAAUUCAAGAAGGAUUUGGAUGCGUACUUGAAGGCCCGCACCCCGGUCACUUUCUUGUCGGAACUCAGGGGCAACAUGCAGGUGGUGAAUGACCCUGGCCGCCGUUAUAACUGCCAGUUGAUGAAUGCUGUGGUUCUGUAUGUGGGCACUCAAGCCAUCGCACACAUUCGUGCCAAAGGCCAGACCCCGAACAUGUCGACAAUCGCUCAUUCUGCGCACAUGGACAUCUUCCAGAAUUUCACCGUCGAUUUCGACUUUGAAGGCCGAUACUUGUUCCUGAAUGCCAUCGCGAACCAGCUUCGGUACCCUAACAGCCACACUCACUACUUCAGCUGUUGCCUUCUCUACUUAUUCGCCGAGGCGAACUCCGAAGCGGUGCAGGAGCAGAUCACGCGAAUGCUUCUCGAACGGCUGAUUGUGAACAGACCACACCCUUGGGGACUGCUCAUCACGUUCAUUGAACUCAUCAAGAACCCCAUUUACAAAUUCUGGUCCCACGAGUUCGUGCACUGCGCCCCAGAGAUUGAGAAGUUGUUCGCGUCUGUAGCGCGGUCGUGCAUCGUGGACAAGUCCGUCACUGGAGGGGGCGAACGGGAGAUAGCCGAGUAGCGCCGCGCCAAUUGGGAGUCUGCGCGGCAUAAGCAAAUAUUUAGAAGCUUUGCCGUUAAAGGUAAACAAAUUA